ACAGUUGGAAGAGGCUGUAAGCAUGUCUCCGCUCCUGAGCGCCAUUUUCUUGCUCGGCCUUUCAUCCCUGGUAACCGCCGCCAACUUCACUCAGGUCUUCCAGUGGGAUGAAUUGGAUUUCGAGUGGCCGUCCGAAGCGAGCAGGACACAAGCCUUGAAAACUGGGGGUUUUACACCAGAGAACAUUUAUCCUCAUUACAUAGCUGUCUACGGAACAAGGAUCUUCCUCAGCCUGAAUAAAUACAAUAUAAAUAUUCCGGCAACUCUGGUGUCUUUACCGACAAGCAGCGCGUCGUCCUCUGCACCCCCGAAGUUCACCCCAUUCCCUUCGUGGGAGAUGAAUGAAUAUAAUAGAAACUGCAACAGAAUUCAAGAAGCAAAAGGGCUGGAAGUGGACUCUCUUGGCAGGCUGUGGGUGCUCGAUCAGGGUAGCAACAAUUGCAAUGCAAAACUAUGGACGAUUGAUUUGUCUAACGGAGAUGACACCAAACUAAUUCAUCAGUUUCUUGUACAAAAACGCAUGUAUGACUUGGUGCUCGACGAAACGCCCAGCGAAACCUUGGCCUUCCUCUCGCAGUGGGGUGAACAGCGCAUCACCGUGUUUAGUUUGGAGAGAAAUGAAUCCUGGAUUGUUCACACGCCAGGAAUCGAGUUUUUGUCCAUUGCCCUGUCCCCUAAAAAGGAACCAAGACAGCUCUACCUCAGCAAAUGGAACUCAGAAGAACUCUAUUCAAUAUCCGUUGCCGCACUCCGCAAUGGAACUCGAACUGCCAAUCCGAAACUUAUUGGAAAGUGGAAUUCGAGACCAUACAGAAUGCUGAUGGACACCCAGGGGAUCAUGUAUGCCGCAUUUAUGGGGAGGACUUACACGUCCUCUUGGAACACUUCCCAGCCAUUUCAGGAGCAACGCUUUUAUGAGGUCGCUAGACAGGAUACUGUUUUGCCGUUUACUCUUGCCUUGGACCAAAAUGGAACUCUUUGGAUGACUUUGUUUGAUAAGGACAAAAAGCCAAGAUUCAGGAUUUUGAAGGCUGCAGUCGGUGCAAAAUCUUACAUCUUCGAGUCCUCACCAGUUACACCUACCAUUUCCAAAGAGACCAAUGCAACGCCUGUUACAAGCACAGAAUGAUCCGCAGCUUGUCUAUUCCGAUGACAAAAUCUUCGACGUCUGCUGGGGAAACUGCCACAACCGAGAGGAUUAAUAGUUAUUCAAUAGAAAAAUGUAGCUAGACAGCAUAAUAUAUCUCUCACUAAAUAUUUGUUGUGAUUUUUUCGAUUUUUCAAUAUAGAUCUGAUUAAAAAGUUUUCA